UUUAAUGGUCAUAAUGGCAUGUGGACAAUCACAUCAGCAGGGGUGAAGCUUGACAUUAAUGAAUCGACAGACCCGGUUUGCUGGGUGGGAAUGGGGGUCUCGGGGGCAUGAUUCCCGCAUCAUUUUGGAGAAGGAUGUUUUUAGGUGCGUUUUCCACUUCAUCUUGGAAUUCCAAAAGUAUUAAAAAGAAUUUACGCCUUAACAUAACUUUUUAAUGCAUAUUGUUUUUUUUUUAACUUUUGAAAAUACUAUUUUAAAUCAUGUGAAGGCCCAGGACUUUAGUUCCUAUGUCGAGCUACGCCAGUGAUUAAUCUUUGGGAAGUAUUUAUAAAGAAUAAAAAGCUGUUGACUAGAAAACAAUCAACACAAGCGCACUCAUUUCGGACGUUAUUGAGAGCGCGGUGUGGGAAAACCCAAAUCUACUACUAAGCAUACAUGUAUGGAAAACGCUGUGUCAGGUAUAUGUUUGCUUCACUAGGGCUUGUGUGUGUGAUAUAAGCGCCAUUUUUACACAGUUAUGUACGUUCAGGCUUGUGUUUGGAUUGUUGCCCAAGUAUUGUACUUAAACGUGAUCAGUGGUUUUUCACAUGGUAAACACAGUGAUGUAAAGACUAUUUUAGUGUUUGGUGGAAAUGGGAUGCUGGGUGCUUCUACUGUAGAGAGAUUAAUACAGGAGAACCACACACUCGUUCUUGUGAAUAGAGGAAACUGGUACUGGGAUACCGGAAAGUCUGUCCGCCCACAUGUACGCCAUCUGCAGUGUGACCGGAUGCAGUCGCUCCAGCGAUGUGCCGGCCUCCAACAUUUUAUAUGGAGUCUUGAUUCUCCCCCUAUGUUUGACGCUGUCAUAGAUUUCAGUGCUUACCAUGCGUUCGAAAUAAGCGAGGCUUUGAACAUGAUGAAUGGGAAAAUCAAGCGUUAUAUUUAUAUCAGUAGUGAUUCUGUUUAUGAAGUAUGCAAUAAAAGUCAUUCGGGAUUCACGCGGGAAGAUGACGCUGUCCGGCCAGAAGCGAAAGUAGACCGGGAGCGGUAUAGUGCCAACGAUGACUACGGCAACCGGAAACUUGAAUGUGAAGAGGUGCUUCGGUCGCAGGCGGACAGUGGCGGGAUCCCGUAUGUGGCCCUUCGUCUCCCUGACGUGGUGGGGACGCGGGAUAACACUUACCGCUGGUGGAUCUACCAGCUCUGGGUGCGGCUGGCCCGCUAUCUGGACACGCCCCUCUCAGUCCCCAGGCGCCAUUGGAACCAACCCAUGAGUCUCGUGUACGCAGCUGACGUCGCUCAAACAAUCAUUGACGUCAUAUCAUGGGGGGAGAAAGUGGACAACCAGGUGUUUAAUUUAGCUAUGGAUGAAACGCCAACGUUGGUCAACUUUCUGCACCAUCUAAUGGACGCCCUGGAUAUGGAAAAAAUGAAAAUAGAAGAAGACGACAGGGAAGAUGCAUUCCACCUAUACCCGUCCGUGCGUCUCGGGCCGGUAGACACGAAUAAAGCAAAGAAACUGCUCAACUGGCAACCGACGUCUUGGAAAGACGUGGUGGACCUCACUGUGAAAUUUUAUGAAGAUGCUAUAAAACGUCCUGAUUUUGAACGUGCUAGGAAUGACGUUGUACGAAUUGUUCAACAACACCUUACUAAGGACCCAAUGGCUGUUAUUCGGGGAAUAAGAACUGUAUACAAUUUUAAUAUCGGCAUCUCACACGAUGAACUUUAAUGUGAUUUAGUGCUAAAUUGUGCUGGGAAAUGUGUAAUUAUUAUAUGCUCAAUAUCCGAAUCUGGCCCCAAUUUCUCGAAACUUCUUAUGUUUCUAAUAACAGGAUUAAGCUAAGCUCACUAAUUUUAUUUCUCAAUGAUUUGCAUAAUAUUUAAUAAGUUAAGAAUUUCUAUACUUUACAUAGGAAUUAUCUUUAUAAUAAUUACAAUUAACCAUUUUUCAUUUAUAAAUAUUCAUUUUCAGUAUGUAUUUUGGCUAAUUAAAAUACGCUACUUAAGCCUGUUAAGCUUAAGAAGUUUCGAGAAACCUGGUGUGUUUGGCCAAAUCCGUCCAACUUUUAUUUUGAUUUGGAAUAAAGCUUCGUGUAUAUCACAUGUACACAAUUACUGGAUAAGCGUUCCCAGACAAUCGCUUAUCGUGCAUUUUGUGCUAUGUAUGUCCGGUUAUUAACAAGAGCGUUGCAGAGCGAAAACAAAUGCAAGUGUGUGGUGUUCCUUCAGUCGAAUAAGGGGCAUAACUCAACAGUUAUUAACGUCAGAGUAAUGGGUCUAGCUACACAUGCGCACCAUGUCUUUUGUAAUAUGUGUACAAAGUCCCAUGUAACCAUCUUGAAACUCUUUUAGGUAAUGACCAAGUUAAAAUUCUUGCUGGACUUCCUACUUUCAAGGGGAAUAGCUUAGACAUUAUUUUAGCUUAAGAGUUAUGGACCUUGUUUCACAUGCACAUACAUGUAUAUAUCCAAUAGUGACAUUUAAGCAAAGUUUCAUUCAAAUAUAUUUAACGAUUAUAAAUUAAAUGUUUUUCAUGACUUUUUUUUAAAAUAACAAGGGACAGAACUCGACAAUUAUUAUAGCGACCUAUAAUCAAACUUGACCUAGGUUUUGUAAAAACACACAUGUUGACAAGUUUUCAUGAAGCCUGUAGGUUAUAAAGGGGCUAGACACAUGAUCAUAAAAAGAAAGCAAGGAAUUGUCAAAAACUUACAUAAAAUUUGACAUCGUUGUGUACAGCGCAUUGAAUCUAACUUGACUGAUGUAUCAUAUCGCUUACGGCACAUGAAUCUUUCGAGGUUUUUGCGCUUUUUCCAAUGAGAUGCCUCGUAAAUCCCAGUUAAUUUAAAAGUAGCGUCUGUAUAUUUUUCUGUACUCAUAAAAACGGAUAUGAUUCAAACUGGGAAACCAUUUUGUGCUAUUUUGAAAUGGGGAAACUCAGAUGAGACAGCAACAUCAUUGUUGCGUUUAUUAUUUUAAUCAUGUAAAGUGAUGUUUUAUCGGUCUCCUAGUAGCUCGCAUUGACAAUUUUAUUUUUUGGUGCGCGUUUACAUUGUAUAUGGCAAUCAUGAACAAUAUAUAAUAUUUUUAAUAAAAUUCCAUUGGUUAGUGUUCAAAGAACAUUAGAACUAAUGUUGAAGCUUAUAGUACUAACGUUUGAUAUACGUGCCUGUAUUUUAAGCCAAUAGUAUUCAUAUAUAAUGUUGAAGUAAUUUCGGGAAGUAAUACAGAAAUUGAAAAAUAUAUGUCAGAAAACAUUUAAGCUGUGUGUGGCAAUGUCUGUUUCAUUUAAAAAAGUAAAAAUCAAGAAUGUGUUUAAAAACUAUAACUUCCAACAUAUCAGCUGAAAUAGGAGUGUUAGCUUUAAAAUUGAAUGUAUUUGAAGGAAUAGCACUUCAUUUAGAUUGCAUUUGAGUUUCAUAGAAAGUCCAAAUAGUCGAGAUUUAAAACAAAAUAGUCAAAUCAGACGUGCACCUGCUAUUCCAAACAGUUAAUUAACUCUCAAGAAAUAUAAACUCAUGUUUGAUAAAAUAAAUUUCCAUUAUUU